AUGCCCUCUGAUCUGCCGGCGGUGGCAGAGUACCUGGCGGACUGCGUGGAGGGCGACCACGCCCACGUCAAGCUCAAGGCGCUCUUCGUCAUCAAGACGCUGGCCUACCGCAUCCCCCCGUUUCAGCAGGCCAUGCAGGAGCACCUGAGGUGCGUGCAAGACGCUUCGGUCUUCACAGGGCCCCCAUCUCCCAUGUUCGGCGACGAGCCCUACCGCCUUGUCCGCGAGGCGGCCGACGGCGCGCUGGAGGCGCUGUCCGGCAACGAGUUCUACCACGAAGAGUAG